AUGUCCCACCGACCAUCAAUUUCCAGCUGUGCAUCCCGCACAGGGGGAAGGAGAACACUAACCCCUAUGCGCCAUAGUCAUCCCAAGCUUCAGCGAUUGAGGCGAUGCACGUCUUUAGAAUGGGAAGAGUACGAAUUGGUCUGUAUACUGGAGGGUGAUCCUGAAGUACUUUGUGCAGUCUCGCAAUAUUUCCCCUCGAUGAAAGAGCAGUGCCAAUGCAAGAUGGACGUGUGGCUCGAAAUGCAGUGGUAUUACAGAAAGGUGGAUUUGGAAGAUGAGGAUGUCGAUCUUGCGAGAUGUGUGGGUGAAUAUGAGCUUGUUCUCAGUAAUCACACGUCUGUAGUAGAUAUACGUUGCGUCGAGGAUCAUGCGACCAUCUUGCCAUACAAUGAAGGUGAUCUCGAGCAGCCACAGAUACCUAUAAGGACACUGUACAAUCGAUGGACCAUUGACGUCGAGUUCUCAAAGCAUAGGAAUGUUGUUUAUAUGGAAGGGGUGAACGUUAGCGUACGCCUCUCUCUCUGUCCUCUUUUCACCUCUUUGCUUUGA